AUGGUGAAUAAACGAAGACGGUCGACGUCUUUUACAGACGACGCAGUCUCUACUAAGCGCAGGGUUAAUGAGACCAAUGAGACUGUUAACAAUAACGAUAACGGAGACCAUGAACUGCAUGUACCUCAAGAAGCUGCUGCAUUACCUACAGUCACUGAUAUUGCACCAGUCGCAGUGGAUACAAGCGCUGCAAUUGCAGAGAUAACAACAGUAUCAGAGACACAAUCGGAGGUGGAUAUUCUUCAGACUGAUGCAGUGUCGAAUGGGACACUGGAGAACAAAACUAGCGUCAACACGUCGUUAGAUGGGCUUUUAGUGGUCGCACCCGAGUUUCGAGUGCUUCAUGAUUCAUGGGAGACAUUUGACAAAGCUUUAAAAAUCUAUGGGAAGGCAACAUAUCAAUUGUAUGUGAUUCGUUCCACGACGUCAGUCAGGCGACGGAAUUUCAAGAUUAUUGAAAGUGGAAUGAAAGGAGAUACUGUUGCUGCCAAUGUGGCGGAGGUGGAGCUGGGAGUAUUGAUGGAGCAUGAGGUAGAUGUGGGGGGACGUAUCGUGGAGAGGACGUUGAUUCCGGAACGGUUUUUAUGGUACUCCAAGUCGCUCAAGUGUACGCACGGAUGGAAAGAUCGUCAUCGAAGCACUGGUAAACGAGGAUCUGGAGUCGUACGGUCAACAAGCUGCCCUGCAAAGAUGUGUGUGACUCUGCAACACCAAGGACCUGGACCCGACGACUGGAAAGUUGUUGUGACCAAGCAUGUGCGGACUCAUAACCACCAAUUAUCGAAGGAGUUGUAUCUGUAUUACACGGAGAAUAGGCGUAUAUAUGACCCGGAGUUGCUCGUGGUUGUAGGAGAGACACUAGGAGUUGCGAAACCCUCUAACGGUUCUCUUGUAUCGUCGAUCGAGCAGGAAAAUCAGCGGACUAGGCAGUCUCGCAUACUUCCGGCCAGCGAUGAGCAAAGCCAACAGCAGGCUUCUUCGAUGGCGUUUAUGAUGUCCGACUCGUCGGCUUCAUUAUCUUCUCACCCUCACGGACAUGCUAACGAGGACCGCACGCGCAACGACCCCGUGGCACUUUCUGGGGCUAACCGUGGUGAUUGUGCAUUCCGGCCAUGCAUCAAAAAAGGAAGCUCUUUGGCUGCCAUGCCACCGCUGGGGGCUAUGGUCUUGAAACCAGGAACAAUUCUUUCAGAAGCGAUAGAUGGUGGAGGAUUUUGUGUGCCACGAGUAUCGGUGAAGGUGCAUGCUUCUUGGGACGCUUUCCACGACUUCAUCGCACAGUAUUCAUUUGACACAGCGCAAGUUUUCCGUACACGGUCAACUGUGUCGGUAGCCGCAAGAAACGCAAAAGUUGCAGCAUCCGCUGCAGCAAAAUUAGGACAGAACGACCACGAUGUUGCAAGCUACGCAAGUUAUGCUGCGGUAUUACCUUCUUCACGCCUAAUCCCAGAAGAGUACAAGUGGUUUUCCAAGCUAUUAAUUUGUACUUUUGGCUGGAAACGAAGAGCACGAGGCAAAGGAUCUCGCAUUGACGAAUACAUUGAUGGAAGUCCAUGCCCAGCUAUGUUACUUGCUCGGAUGGAGCGCAAUGUAGAUGGUGAUUGGUACAUUGUGAUUAAUCGUCAAGUGCAAAAGCACAACCACCGAUUAAAUGGUAUCGUUGAAGAGACUGGUGGAAGCAGUCAAGAGGUAAUCAACUCUGUUAAUGAUACCACUGGCUCAAUUGCGUCUGCGUCAAAUGUGGACUCAAAUUCUUUGCAGCGAUGUUUGAUUGGAGAGAGUGUAACUACUUUUGAGACGGGAACAAACACCGAAACCAGCGUCAACGAUACAGCCACACAGUCCAUGUACCAUCGUGAAAUCGUUGUCCGCGUUCCGAAGCUCCAGUCCGUCUUUAACUCUUGGGAUGACUUUCACACAAGUCUUAAAGCUUACUCCGAUGCUACAUACCAGCUUUAUCGCACGAGAACGACAAGCUCAGCGAAGGGAAGGAACAAAAAAAUUGCACAAAUGAAACGUGAUGGUGGCGAAGACGAGAACGACAAGAACAGUGAAAAUGGAAGGGAACAUGAGGCUCUUUUGAAUGGAGUAAAAUUUGCGCGCAUGAUUCCUGAACCGUGGAGAUGGUACUCUAAAACCCUGACGUGCACACAUGGCUGGAAGGAGCGGCAUCGUGGCGCAGGCAAGCGCUCUGCGCAUGGUGUGCGCUCAACAGCGUGCCCUGUGAAGAUUUGUGCCACUGUGCAAUAUAUGAACCCACCCUCACGACUAGAUGUCUCUGACUCGACUGAAGGUAGCUGCGUCGUCGCUCCUGACAGUUGCUGGCGAGUUGUGAUCACGAAGCAUAUCGUGGACCACAACCAUAAUCUAUCACGGGAACUGUAUCAACACUACUGUGAGAACCGUCGAAUUUACGACCCAGAACUACUUGCGAUUGACACGUCGAGUAAUAGUCCUCUGGUUCAGCGUAAGGUCUAUCAGAUUCUUGGUGAUCAAGGCACCUUAGCUUCUGACAUGUGCGUUGGAGGUCAAACGGCUUCUCAGUCUCACGUGCUUUCAACAGACCGAGAGACGGGGCUAGCAGAAGCUGUAAACCAUGUUCAGUUAUUCGGAUCUUCUGUCAAUAUUCAUCCAGUCGGAGUCAGUGGAGCACCCAAUGUAAAACAAACUGUGACUGGAAUGCAAACUGUAGCUGAUGUAGCACAACAAUCUGCGCCGCCGGUUGUGCUGGAUUCGUACAACUCUACAACCUCAUACCUACCAGCUCGAGGUCAAGAUCAGGAUCGCCAGCAGCAGCAAGGAUAUCAAAAGCAAACGAUGGCACCACUUAGCGGUGGUUCUACAGAAACCCACCUCGGGCGAGGAGGUGAAAGUGCGGUGGCCUUGACCGUCAUGGCAACGCCAGAAAUAAACUCGUCCAACUUCGUGGUGCUCAACAACGCAGGAGCGGUAAUCACGGGUGGUAUUCCUCCUAUGGGUUCAAACGUGAUAUCUGUUACGUGUCGUGUUCACGGAUCAUUGGCCCGAGCUAACUUGGCUACUAGCAAACCAGGUAUAAACCCAGACGCGCUUGCGUCGAAGACUAACGAAUCUGACUCAGCUGUUACUCGAGCAGCACAAUGCACUUGCUUCCGGAUUGCUGGUGGUGGUACCUACGUUACGGUUGUCCCUGCUAGCGAGGCAUUAGCCCCUACUCAAACCAGUUUUGAUGCUGAUGAUGAGGCGAUGUUGCACGCCGAAGACAUGGACGGAGUCUGGCAACUUUCCUCACAUGCUGAGAAUGAAAAGGUGACGCUUGAAAAGGGAGAAAUGAUUUGGCGUGUGCCACGCAUCGUACGGCGGUAUUCCUCUUGGGAAGACUUUCACAAAUAUUUGGACGCAUAUUCAGCUGCAACAUUCCAGCUCUACCGUGUUCGUACAACGUACUCGGUGCGAUCGCGCAACGUUCGCCUUCGUCAAUUAGCUGCAAGUCGAGGACUUCUUGUGCGCGAAAGUGAGAAUGACGAUACACGAGUUUCAGAGGAGACGGAGCAAGAAGGUAUGAAUGGGCUGUCUCGGGCACACCUGGUACCCGAACAAUAUGAAUGGUACUCGAAGACGUUCUUGUGCACACACGGUUGGAAGCGUCGCAGUCGCGGCAGCGGUCAGCGUGUUAGCCACAUUGUUCGGGCCACCGAGUGCCCCGCGAAAAUAUGUGCAACGCUGCAGCGUACUGAUGGUUCAAGCAAAUGGAGCGUCGUUGUCACUAAGCAUUUGGUAGAGCACAAUCAUGAACUCUCGGAAGGUCUUUACCUACAAUAUUCCGAGGUGCGACGUGUACGCGACCCUGAAGUGCUUGCACAAGCCGAGAAGCUUUGGCGAGAUGGAGCUACACGUCGUCGUGUGUUUGAGUUUUUCAAAGAGCGAUCGCCCCAACAACUUAUUUUAAUGAAAGACGUGCACAACCUCGUUCAGCGGUGGCAGUCACAAGAGCGUCGUCCUAGAGAAGAUCAGCAACAGGACAGUAACGAAGCCAAUCAGUCCAGAGCAGCCCAACCAGUCCAGAGCAGCCCACCGCUAGCGUCUUCAGUCAUUUAA